AUGUCGACCUGCUUUAAGUGUUGUCCCUAUACUGACAACUUGAGGGCGCUAAUUGGGCGCCGUUUUCCGACAAACUAUGGUAUUGCAGCAGGAAUUGGGGGUUCGGGAGCUCCAAUAGGCCUGAUCACUGCUGGCCCAUUUACCCAACUGCUGCUGGAUACGUAUGGCUGGAGAGGGGCUUUGCUUAUUCUUGGAGGGUUCGCCCUGCAUCUUGGGGUGUGUGGCGCCAUCUUGCGUUCAUCGUCGACUGAUGAAACCGUGACAAAUAGCAGCUAUCAGCCGGUGAGCACCGACGCCAAUGAGGAACCUCGAAUUGGUUCAUCAAGUGCCGAGGAGAAAGGCAACCUGAAGCAGUCAUCACGAUCAUAUAAUAUUUUCAAAGACCCCCUCAAGGCCAUGGUGAAACACAUUGGAAUCUCAGUUUGUUUCCAGGUCUCAUUUUGGUUCACAGCAGUCAUCUUCAUAUUGGGCCGCUUUGUGGAUGAUCAUUGGUUGAUCUAUUACGUUUCUCAAGCAGAAGCAAAAGGAUUCUCUCCAUACGAGGCUGUGACAUUCACCACAGCCGGAGGGGUCGGCAGCGUCGUUUCCAGGAUUGUGUUUGGUUUUAUCGUCGACAGAAAUUUGUUGAAUUUACGACCGGCGUUGGUGCUGAUGAUCGUACUGAGUUCCUCGGCUCUACUGAUAGCUCCCUGGUUAAAUACCUACUGGCUGAUGAUGGCCGGCUCCUUCGUCUUUUGUGCUGGGAAUGGAGCAAUUGCCUUAUUGAAUGAUCUGUACACCAGGGAGCUGCUUGGAACUGAUCUCUUGGUAUGUGCUUUCGCUUGGAUGGAAAUGUUGACGGCCAUUUUAGGUUUCAGCCUUGGAUUCUUUCCAGGUUGGAUGUACGACCGGAGUGGGAGUUUUGAUUGGGCCUUUUUAUUCUGGGAUGCAUAUCAGCUCUUUCGUUGGUGGGGCUGUUGA